AUGAAUAAUGAAAAGCCUUUUGAAAAUUGCGCUUUGAAUGAAAACAUUUCAUUGAGGCCUCAAAUGAAAAGAGAAGGAAGAUGUCAGACAAUUGCUGAAAAGUUAUUUAUACCAUCAUGUCCAGAUAAUGAACUUUUUUGUGUGACCCAGUUCAGCAUUGUUAAUGACCACAAACCAUUGUUUAAGAAACAACUCGCUUCAUUAUGCAAAAAUGAAUUGAAAAGAAUGAAAAGAAGAGAAGUUGAAAGGAUGGAAAAGAAGAAAGCAAGACAAGCCUUUAGGCUGAUAUUUCCUUGA